AUGGCCACCACUACCGUCACUGAAUCUGCCCCCCAGAACGGUCACAGCAAUGGAUCAGCUUCGACCAACAAGUUCUUCGACGAUGUACACUUCCUAGGCGACAAAGAGGGCAAGGUUGUGAUCCGCUCGCCCCCGACUUUCAACAACAUUGAAGAUGAGCGGGCAUAUCAAAAACAGCAUCUGGCCGUGGCCUUCCGUGUCUUUGCCCGGCAGGGAUUUGACGAGGGAGUGGCUGGACACAUUUCGCUACGCGAUCCCCUGAAUCCUCACCACUUCUGGAUCAACCCACUCAGCAUGCACUUUUCCAUGAUCAAAGUUUCUGACCUCGUCCUCGUCAACGAGAAUGGCGAAGUUCUCCCCGGAGGCGCCCAGCAUCCCAUCAAUGGCCCCGCAUUCGCCAUUCACAGUGAAAUCCAUAAAGCCCGCCCAGACCUGAACGCCGCAUGCCACGCACACUCCGUCUACGGAAAGGCGUUCUCCUGCUUUGCGCGACCCAUUGAAAUGCUCUACCAGGACGCCCUGCGCUUCUACAACGAUCUGGCCGUGUACCCUCGCUACGGAGGCACCGUGCUCUCCACUGAAGAAGGGGCUCGCAUUGCCAAGGCCCUCGGUCCAACCUGCCGCAGUGUAAUUCUGCAGAACCACGGUAUGAUCACCUGCGGUAAGACGGUUGAUGAAGCAGCGUUCCUGUUUAUUGCCCUCGAUCGGUGCUGUCAUGCGCAGAUGAUGGCCAAUGCGGCGGCCGGACCAGGGUGGGAGAAGGUCUACAUCAACAAAGAGGAGGCGGAGAUGACGCAUAGGAAGAGUGGUAACUCGAGUAAGAUGUGGUUGGCGUUUCAACCGUAUUAUGAUCAGGCGGUUAAGGAGGAUCCGAGCGUGUUAGAGUGA